UCCCGGCACAGUCACACAUUACUGUUCGCCAUCCAACUAUCACGCGACGUUGUACGCACGUUGGAAAAUUACGAGAAAUGUACCGAAUACUCGUGCUAUGGAUUAGUUUGUGUACAGUAGUUGACUGUGCAAAUUACGGUCGUUACGGGGAAACGACCAGUCGAUAUCCGAGCUACACAACCAUAUCGAAUUUGUACAACCAAUAUCCAACAUAUAAAGGGAACUAUGGCAGUGACAUCGCCAACUUUCCGGAGGCGACACGAUAUCCGAAUUACAACCCUGUAUAUAACACGAGUAGUUACAACACAUAUUCAAAUUCAGGCGGGUAUUACAAUAAACCUCAAUACCCCACUACAAGGUAUGGAAUGGAUUACGGACAAAGAUACGGCGAGGAGUACACUGGAGGUUAUAGCUCUUACGAAGCACCGUUCAUGAGAGGUAUUAGGGAUUAUUGUGUGAACCGGUCCCCACAGAUGGGUAUUUGGGUGGACAGUUUGAUGGGUAUGUGGUAUGGAGUAGAGUUCAUACAGCACUUGGCUGGUGACGCCAGGGUGGACUACGCCAGGACUUGUAUUGUUAUCCACAUAUCAGAACCGAUGGAUCGGCCAUCAACGGAGAAUCAGUUGUUCCACGUGCAACACAUCAACGCGAAGUUCAGACAACAGUUCCGUCACUUGCGCCUGCUGUGGGACGAGGGUGGGCAGACCACGGAGUACGCGCUUUACUUCCGCAACGAGUCCGCUGGCUACUGGCAGGUGUUCGAUGGACAAAACGGAACCAUGACGACCAAUCCCCACUAUCAGCAGUUUAGCGGCACCGUGCAAGUUCUCAAGGCUGUCAACGAUCAUUUGGUACUCAACUUUUGUCAAGAGCCCAAAAACGGGAGACCGGCUCAGUUGUAUUCUGUACUCUUCUCCCGUGAUCCUGGCAUGAUGGCUCGCUGGGAAGUGGAAUCUGUACAUACCAUGUUACAAAAUAAAAAGCUUUCCGUUGCUUCGAGGCGAAUGGUGUGUGGGAAUGGCGCAGUCAAACCAUUCCAUAGUAUCGUUCUUUCUGUACUGUUAAUAUUUCUUUAUGUUUUCUGUUCGUCAUAGAGGCAUGAAAUACUAGCAUUUCACAAAGGCUACUAAUACUUUUUGGUGAUGAUCUCACUUCUUACGAAUCGCAGAACUCGUUUUUUAAUUUGAUGUCAUUUCAUGACUAAUUCGACAGCAAUUUUUUCUGCGAAGUACAUAGUUUUUUAAAAGAGAAGUAAAACAUCACAGCUGUUAUUAUUUACUACUUUGACAUCCGUCCCUAUAAUUUGGUUUAGAAGAUAAGUAGUGUGUACGUUAUUGUGUUCGAAAUACAAUGCUAGCAAUUAUACUCAUAUUUGAUUGAAUGGCAAAACUUCUUGUUGUCGUUAAAAAUUUAUAUAUACCUAGAGAAAGUUACUUCUAUAAACAUAAGUGCAUUUAUAAAAGUUUUUUUUUUAUAAUCUAUGCUAUUUGAAUGAUAUAUUGCGCAAAUUCAAAUGAAUUUCAAUUAAAGAAAGUUCUUAUUAUUAAUGAAGAUUA